CGAAAUAAAUUUUGGGAGUAAUGUAUUGCAUUGCCUACAAAGGCAUUCAUCGCAAGAAAAAAAAAGAGAAACACAUUUCAAGCGGCCAAUUAAAAGGUUCAUAACUAUGGAAUGCAAAAAGAGAAUUGCCAUCAUAGGAGCAGGAUACUGCGGAAUGACAGCUAUAGCAACUUUAAAGGAAGAAGGUCUGGAGCCUGUGUGCUUCGAAAGAACAAGCAAACCUGGCGGUACAUGGUGCUACAGGGAGGAAAUUAUUGACGGAGUAGCGUCCGUGAUGUCUACUACGAUUAUUAACCACAGUAAAGAAAUGGGUGCUUAUAGCAACUUCCCGCCUCGUAAGGAGUUUAACAACUACAUGAAACACAGUGAAUUGUAUGAGUAUUUCACGGAAUACUGGACAAAAAAUGAUUGCUACAGGCAUAUUCAUUUCAAUAUGGAAGCUGUUUCUGUAAAGAGGGCUAAUGAUUAUGAUGAAACAGGACGAUGGGAAGUAACCGUAAGAGAUACAGUUGCAGGGAAAGAAACAAGAGAUAUCUACGAUGGUGUAAUGGUUUGCAUUGGUCAUUUCAAUCGACCAACAAUUCCUCAAUUUUCUGGGUUAGAAAGCUUCAAAGGAAACAUUGUACACACUCAUAGUUUGAAAGAUGUAUCUAAGUUCAAAGAUCAGAAAGUAGUAGUUGUGGGUUUUGGAGCCUCAGCACUUGACGCUGCUGUGGAACUGAGCAGCGUCGCCAAAAAAGUAUAUUUAAGCACUAAAACUGGAGCGCAUGUGAUGACAAGAGUUUCGUAUCAAGGUUAUCCUUUAGACUACGUGCUUCUAAGACGUUACAUGGUCCAAUUCAUAGAUCUUCUUCCUACUGAUCUUGUUAGCUGGUAUGUAGAGACAUUCUACCUUAACCCAAAAUUCAGUCCCUCUCUGUACAAAGUAACUCCAAAGUAUCAUUUGUUGUCGAAAGAUCCAGUUAUCAAUGAUCAUCUAUUCUCGAAACUAUUAUCUGGUUCUAUUGUACAGAAAAGUAACAUUGACCGCUUCGUAGAGAACGGUGUCAUCUUUCAAAGAGAAGAUAAGAAAACGGAAGUAGACACAGUCAUUAUGGCAACAGGAUACACGUGGAAAUUCCCUUUUUUGGAGGAAGAUAUAAUCACUCAAACAGAUGGUCGAAUUAAUUUAUAUAAGUUAAUGUAUCCACCUCAUUUAAAACAUCCAACUCUUGCGUUUAUUGGAUUUCUUUUGGUCUUUGGCCCAGGAUUUCCUCUGGGUGAGAUGCAGUGCCGAUGGGCAGCAUAUAUGUUUGCUGGAAAGGGAAAAUUACCCUCUGAAGAAAUCAUGUUUGAAGACAUCAGACGAAGACAUAAACUAAACGAACAGAGGUAUGCACCAAGCGAUAGAAUGACUUUAAGAGUAGAUUACACCCAAUAUUUGGAUGAAAUUGCUUCACAAUUCGACGUGAAACCGAACUUGUUCAAAAUAUUUUUUACAGAUUUUCCUCUUUUUUGUAAGUUAGUAUUCGGACCAAGUGUUCCUUACCAGUAUCGGUUGGAAGGCCCACAUAAAUGGGACGGAGCAAGAGAAGCCAUAAUGAAAUGUGAAGAAAGAAUAUUAGCACCCCUUCACGGAAACUCUUAAAAAAGGACUGCACUUUUAUAUCCAUAUCUACAAUUGUACAGCAUUCAUGCAAUAUUACUGAAAUUUAAAUGACACUACUGUAUAUCUUAUGAAUAAAUUCGAGUCCUCAUCAUACUACGGCCAGAAAAUGUGGCAGACACGAAAAGUGAAGUGUGAAAUUCAGUAAGAAAGGUGAGCAAUGAAUUAGCGUAAGCCCGUUUUGGUUAUGCUCGCAUUAUCUCAUCUAAACACAAAUAUUUCAUAUUUAAUGUUUCCUUUUCCACCCUGAAGGAUCCGCCUACAUUACUGCAAAAUGAUUAGAUGCAGACAGUAAAGAUCUUAGUUUCAGAAGCCAAACCAAUCAUUCGAUUUAUCUUCGAAGAGUAGCAACGAAAACUUUUGAACUUUAAAACUGUCUAUUUUUUCUGUGUCAUAUGAGAAAUGAUGAAAAGAAAAAGUCACGAAAUAAAUGUUUGUUAAGCUAGAAAA